GAGCUAGAGGAGACGGGGAUGGCGAGAGAGCAGAGGAGGCAGCGGAUCGCGCAGCGUGAUCCCAGGGUCGGAUUCAAGCCGGCAAGGUAGCUGGCGGUGGCAGGAGCCAUGCGCGCUUGCUGGCCGAGCAUAAAAGCAAGAGAGAGAUAGAGAGAAAAGCCAGAGAAGGAGCGGGCCUAAGAGGAAAGCGAGCUCGAGAGAGUGUGUGAGCUCUCGAGGGAGUGAGGGAGGCUCAGUUUUUGCCUUGGUCGAGAGAGAAUCCCAGAGAGAGACCGAGGAUGGAGAGCUAGCAGGAGGAGAGAUCGGGAAAGUAGAGAGAGUUCAGAGGGCCGAGAACAAGAGAGCCUUAUCUAGUGACUCAGCCACACUCCCACCACACUACGCCGACCACAUCCACAGCCCCAGCCUCGCUCUGGCUCUCGCGAGGUUCCGAGCGCCGCUGCUCCCUUUGCCGGCAGCAACGGCGGCGGCACCAUGUUCCUGAGGACGUUCUCGCCAACGCACUUCGAGCACGGGGACUGGACUGACGGGGGGAGCUGCCCAAGGACGGGGCCGUUCGGGAGCGACGAGAAGAAGCUAGAGGGCUACGACCAGGAGUUCUUCGUGGCGCAGGAGGAGGAGGAGUUCCUGGAGCCAGAGACCGGGGAAGCAGGGAGCGACAGAUCCAAGCGACUGAGAGACAGAGAGAGUGGGAGCCUCAGCCAACGCCUCGGCCACGCGGGGACCCAUUCGACGACCUUCCUUCCCAGCGACGUCCUCAAAGCUGAACAAAUUGACGAGAAUGCUCAGAGGGAAAUCAUCAACCACAAAUUGUUGAGGCACCUAAAUAUUGUUAGGUUCAAGGAGGAGGGGGUGCUGAAGUAGGCAGCCUCGGUAAGGAAGCAAAGGCGGGAGGAUGCUCUCAAUGUGAAGAAGUUAAAAGAAGCGAAGGGAUUGACCAGCGACGACCUGUUGAACAAGGCCAAUGAGAGGUGCAGUGAGGUCUGUGCUGAGCACGCCAAGACAUUUUAGUUGGGUAUACUUUACUCUCCUCGUGCGUGUGUUUCCUAAUUUUUCCUAUUAAGAUUUGGAUAAUGCGUUUAUCUUUUGAUCAUGAAUUCUAGAAGAUUGGUGUUAAUUAAGCAUAAAGAAAGAAAAAAAAAAUAUCAUCAUCAUGCUUGAUUGACACAAAAAAAAAAGAGUUUGAUAAAACUGUACCUUUUCUAGCUGGUCUUAUCUCUUGCAUUGCCUAUUAACCUAUUCUAGUGUUUAGUCACAUGAAGUGAUCUUUACAGUUUAAGUGACUUAUAGUGUCAUGUGAGGCUGACACAGAUGAAGCGUAAUAUGAAUGACUUUUAGACAUUCUUUUGGUAAAUGAUGUUUUUUUGUUUGUUAGGCAAAAACUCAUAGAUAAGUUGCAUUCACCUACUUCUAUUAAGAAAGUUUGGAGGCAAAUAAAGUAAGACUUGGAUACACUGCAUAUGUUCUCUUGAAUGCUACAGAUAUAAUGCAACUCAUAUGGCAAUAUUAUCUUCGCAGGUAUAAUUUGGGUGCGAAUUUGCACGUACAAAUUCAUCGAAUGGCAAAAUCACAAGUAAUUCUUCACUCAUAUUAUGUGAAAUAUAUUUUGCUUUCUUAGGUAAUGUUGAAAAGAGUUGAAAAGAUGUUGAAAAGAAUUUGAUGACCAAUGUACAAAUGAAUAACUAAUUUAUUUACAUUUUACUAAAUAAGUUGCCAAAAUAAAUGUCUCAAGUAAUUUUAUGAGACAAAACGUAAGGCAAGUUAUACCUAACUCAAAAUAAUUCCAUAAGAUAUAUUAUGACUCCAACUUAUAUUUUGAAGAAACCAUUGACAAUAUUAUAAUAGUAACAUAAAGAUGAAAUAACACUAAGAUUAAAAAUGAUUUCAUAUUAAGCACCUGAUUAGUAAAUGGUGAAAAUUUAUUUAUAAUCUCUAAUGGCAUGAUGCAUGGUGAUUGCAUCUAUAUAUAAUAAAUUACUCAAUUAGUAUAAUGUUAUUAAAUUAUCGUAAUGAUUGAAACUUCUUUAAAAUAUGAGUUUUUUAUAGUUAUAUAAAUGCAUAAUCAAUUAUAACUAAAUUAAUACAUCACAUUCUUAAGAAUCUGGUGAAAAAAAUCCACUCAUAAUUUCCGGUGGCAUAAUAUAUGGUGGCUGCUGUAUCUAUGUAAACAAUUGACCAAAUUAGUAAAAUGUAAAAUGCAAACAAAAAACUACGAGCAAUAUACAUACAUAUGAGAAUUUAGAUUUAUCGUUGGACCAUCAAUGUUAAUAGGAUAAAAAACAUAUAGAAACUGAUUUGAAUUACUUGGAUAAUUUGAAAAAUGAUUCUCACUGGGUGUUGCUUAGACAAUCAACUCUAUAUUAUAAAGUAAUAAAUAUGUUAAUCAACAUCAUGUAACAUAAACAAAAAAUUUACCUAAUAAUAU